AUGGAUCCCGGUGAACCGGAUCUGCUGUUUUACAGGCUGAUUGCAUGGAUGAAAUCGCUAUGUUUGACAACCUUAAGUUUGGAGCCGAAAUGUCUUCGGAGCGGUCGUGCUUUUGGUGAAAUUCUCCAUGGAAUAGACGAAGAUUUCUUCAAUGAAAUGUGGAUUGAAAAAAUUGCGCACUAUGAUUCCGAUUCUAAUUGGAGAGUCAAAGCUAACAAUCUUCGUAAGCUUAUCCGCAGUCUAGGAGAGUACUACGAAGAGUGCGUUCAUAGAAUCGUGAAGGGCACACAUUUACUUGAUAUCGACGAAAUGGAAUUCGCUGAGACGGGAUCUACCACAGAAUUGCUCAAGAUGGCUGUUCUCAUUGUUGGAGCUGCAUUUUUAGGCAGCAAACAAAAAAAAUUUGUCGACGGUAUUACUAUGCUGGAUCCUGAUGUUCAAGGUGGCGUCAUGACUGCCAUCCAAUCUAUUAUAGAAGGAUCUGAAAAGAGAGAUAUCCCUACACCAAUUACAUCAGAGGAGGUGUUACCAGAUGUAAAUUCGGAGCUCCGGCAAGAUCGUGACAACUUGGAAUUGCAACUAGAGAAGACUCGGCAGCAGUUAUACGAACUGACGAAAGGAAAAAGUGCUGAAGCAUUCGAGCAGGAUCUUAUAGAUCUGAGAGAAAAGAAGGCGCGUUUGGAAGUACAAGUCAUCGAAGCAGAAACGGAAAUGGAAUUACUCAAAGGAAAGAUAGAUUCGGUCUCGCAGGAAAAUGAAGAUCUUAAAACAAAGGUUGGACAGAUAAGGCCGUUCGAAGAUGAAUUUCGUCGUCUACGUGAUGAAGUGGAGGAAUUGCGAGUGAAAGAAGCCGACCACGCAAAGUUGCAGCAGGCCUACGAACAGCUGAAGAAUAAAGCCAAAGAUAGCAGCAACGAUCGUGCCGAGCUGUUGGUUCUACGAGAGAAAGUGAAAUCAUAUGUCGAGCAUGGAAUGCUGCUUGAGGACGAACAACGAAAAAAUAAGGCUUUGCGCACUCAAAUGGGCUCUUAUAAAGCCUUAUCCGAAGAGAAGACUCGAGAAAACGACAAGCUGAUUAUCAAGGUGGAUAAGUUAGAACAUGAGUUAGCCACUGCCAAGGAUCGUUUGGCUGCUGCUGAAGUUCGAAUUGAAGGCCUCGUUCAAGAGAAGAUUCUGUUGGAGAAUAAAAUAUCACACGAAUUAUCAAUGAUGGACAGUGUACAUAGUCUACACACAUCAAUGCUCGAAUCGACUAAUGGUGAAUCGUCAUUAGAUGGAAGUAUGAUGGAGGAUCGCAUUCGUAAUGUAGAGCUGGAGAACUCGCGCCUCCGUGAGAGGAUCAAAGAAAUGGAAGAGUUAGAAGUGGUAAAAGGCGAAAUGGAUGUCGUUAAAGGGAGAAAUCAUGAAUUGGAAAGUGAGCUACGUUUGGCUAACAAGAAAAAAACGGACUUAGAGGCAAAAGUGGAAGAGCUGGAGCGUUCGGUUGAAAUAGCUGCUGCUUCCUCUUCUGGCGAUGUUACUGAAGUGAAAUUAAGGUCGGAAAAGAUGUCGAUCGAGGUUGAUCAAUGGAAGCAGAAAGCAGAACUGUCUGAAAAACGUGCCGCUGAGGCGUUGGAUGCACAGUUAUUGGCUGAAGGAAAAAUGAAGGAAAUGGAGUUAGAACUGCGAGAAGAACGUGAAUCCAAGAGGUCAUAUUUGGAAAAAGCACGGCAAAUUAUUAUCGAUCAGGAAAGAGCGGCUCAAUGUGCAGCCGAAGGAGGGCUUAGUCGCCACGAGUUCGACUCCUUACGACGUGAAAUCGAGCAGAAGGACAGAAGAAUUAAGCAGCUCGAAGAACAAGCAGAACGGACUAGUACAAUGCAUGAGCAAGAGCAGCGGCUCCUUACGACGGCGUUUUACGGCAUGGCCAAACGCGUCGAUGAGUGCAGUCGUAUGGCAGAGGAUGCAGAUUCGGCUCGUGAGCGAAGUUUUCUGUCUCGUCAGAAGCAGGCCAACGCAUUUAACCUCCGUGUUGUACUGCCAUGGUUGUUGGUACUACUGCUCGUCGUUUAUGUUGUACUCGGCUACAUCCGAAAUUCGUACAGGCUGACGUGGUGGUUGCUUCCGGUACGUGAUUCUAUCAGGAUAUUACAGAAACUGACGGAGGCGAAUGCCAUUCCGAUGCACCCUCGUCUGGCAAAGGCGCCAACGGAUAUGUCGGUUUUAAUUCCUUUACUGGAGGUGAAUUCAACGCCAUCUGUAUUGUUUACAAAACGAUCCAUCCAUCUAAAAAGUCACCGUGGUGAAGUGUGUUUUCCGGGUGGUAGAAUGGAAAAGGGCGAAUCUAUUGAACAGGCGGCUCUUCGAGAGACCCACGAAGAAAUUGGUGUUGAGCCGGACUCAGUGGAAGUAUGGGGUCGUCUGAAGCCGGUGUUCACACGAACGAUGACUGACACGGUAGUGCCAAUAGUUGGAUGCAUCGGUUACGAAGCUUUGCGAACUGAUUGCGUGAAUAAGGGAGAGAGUGAAGAACCGACCCCCGGAUUAUUUUGUGGUGAAGUAUAA